ACACAGAGCAGUCACAGCUUCCUGGAUGGAAACAAAACACAAGAGAAGAGCUGACACACGCCCGCACACACACGCACACACACACACACGCAUACACACACACACACACACAUAGACGGGGCAGACAGCAGCCAGCAGGACGUUCAAACAUGUUUUUAGUUUUUCUGCGCGUGUGAGAGACGCGGAGUCGGUGCGGCAGCGGCGUUAGGCGUUGACAGCAGAGGUUAUUAUAACAACAGACUGUAUCAACACAUGUGUCUGUGCCACAGCCAUAGGAGCACUGCGGCUGGGGAUCUGGACUCAGGCAGCUCUACACCCAGUGUUCCACAGACAAGGAAUAUGGAGGCUGUAGCUCCUCUCCGUCCCUAGCAGAAGAGCUGGGAGCAGCCUGAUUCCCUCUUAACUUCCCUCCCCGCCUGCCUUGCUUCUCCAUGGCCAGCAGGAGUCCCACCCUGAGCCAGGAAGCCAGGGAUUCAGCACCUGGGACCCCCGAGGCCGACGCGGACUCCCAGCCAGGGCCCGAGGUCUUCUGCAAGCUGUGCCUCAGUGAGCAGCCAUCUACAGCCACCAGGGAACUGCAAAGCUGCAACUGCAGCUUCUGUUCAGCAUGUUUGCAGCAGUAUGUUCAGCUGGCCAUCAUGGAGGGUGGGGGGGCACCCAUCACUUGCCCAGAUAUGGCCUGCCAGAAGGCUGGCUUGCUACUGGACUCUGAGAUAGCCGGCCUGGCUGCAGCUGAUCAGGUGGAGCUCUAUCAGCGUCUGAAGUUUGAGAGAGGAGUGAAGUUGGACCCGAGCAAAGCCUGGUGCCCAGUGCUUGAAUGCCAGGCAGUGUGCAGUGUGCAGCCAAGCACUGAGGGCCAACCCACGGCUGUGCCCUGCCUGACCUGUCACACCGUCUUCUGCUCUGGGUGCAGAGGGCCCUGGCAGGACGGCCAUGCCUGCCCCGAACGCCAGCCCAUGAUGUCACCCUCACCCUCUCGUGAAAGCAGGCCCCGCUCCGACAGCCAGUCUGACAUGUCAAUCAAACAGUGUCCCAUGUGUGGUAUCUACAUCGAGAGGAACCAGGGCUGUGCACAGAUGCUGUGUAAGAGCUGCAAACACACCUUCUGCUGGUACUGUCUGCAGAAUCUGGAUGGUGAUAUCUUCCUGAGACAUUAUGAUAAGGGACCAUGCAGAAACAAGCUGGGACACUCCAGGGCCUCUGUGAUGUGGAACAGAACACAGGUGGUGGGUAUCCUGGUGGGGGUCAGCAUCAUUGUGCUGGUGACAUCUCCGCUCCUCUUGCUGGCCUCACCCUGCAUCCUGUGCUGCGUCUGCAAGCCCUGCCGAGGGAAGAAGAAGAAGAAGAAGAGGAAGGACCUCAGCCAGCCAGACUCCUCCACAUCAUAGCAGCUGCUCCUCUCGUGGGCCCAGUCAGGGAUCCCUCAUGAAGCCUAAGGAAACAGACAAAGUGGGAGUGGAAGAAUAAAUUUAUGGAAAAAUGGAGAACUUUUUCAAGACUGGACAAACUGGAAGACUUGUCAGUGGAAUGGUGGAAGUGUAAAUAUGAGGAGAAUGAAUGUAACUCGCUCACCUAGUUCUUUUCAGAUGCACAAACAGUUGCAAGGAGAAGGUGAUGGCUGUGGGAGUUUUCCUGGACAGGGCUCUCUCUCUCUCUGUCUCUCUGUUCCUCUUUCUCUCUCUCUCUGUCUCUCACUCACUCACACACACACACACACACACACACACACACACAUGCACACACACACAUGCAGUUAAAAGUGCAAUGCCACCCUCAUGUGCCAAAUGUCAUGAUGCCAAACCAGAGGUGUUAGGUGCUCAAGUGCCUCACUCUACAGUGCCUGGUGCUUGGUCGUAUUUGCUUUGCCUUCCAUUCUAUCCUUAUCUUAUGCAAAAAGUUUAGCAUUAUGAAAACCGACAACCAUCAGGAUCACACAGGGUUGUAAAUCCCUCAAAAAAAAAAAAGCAAAACAUUCUUUCAUAAAUGGGAGAAGGCAAAUGGCAUCAUGUGUGCACUGUAUAUUCUAUCCUGAUAUGAAAUAUGAUAGGGCUUCAGUGGUGCACAGAGAACUUUUCUUCUGCAAAUGUUUGUUGUUUCCACCUGGUGUAUGUUCCAGACCAAAGGCUCUAAAGGAUAAUGUGUACUUUUCUAAAGUGUGUUAAUAUGUAUUUUUGGGUUGUGUAUGGUAUCCUGUUAUCAUUUCUACAUUUCUGUUGAUGUUUCUGCAUCAGAUAUUUUAUAAAAGCGCCAUUGUAAUUGAAAUACACAUACUGUACUGAA